CUACCACACCGGGAACCGGCCACUCCUCAGCCAUCAAUGCCCUCAAGUCUUCCCUCUAUGGCGGAAGGCCAGCCAGCCCCCCCUCGCCGCCACCUGUAGGCAGCUACCACGCCAACGUUUGGCCUUUCUCGAACCGGAGCUCAGCUGCGAGCCCCAACAACUCGUACUCGAACCAGCAGUCCGGUUUCUUCCCUUCUACGUACGACGGCCAUUACUAUGGCGGUAUGGGAGAUGCCUACAAUGACCGACCGCUACCAAGCCGCAGGCCGGGGAUUUACUCGAGGCCAAAGAGCAUUGAGCUUGUCACCCCCUUGGUAGGGAGGUAACAAGGCAGGACACACACAGCAGUCAUGUGAGCGAUGAGGGGGCGGGUAAGAGGAUGCGGAUGUCCUUGGUUUCCCAUCCGAGAGGAUGCAUGGUGCCGCAGCUAUGCUCGGGAGUCAGUUUUCCCAUCUUUCGUCAUGGACGAUGCAGUUUGUUUUCCAUUGCAUGGGAAAGUGUGGGGGACCGCGGAAUUGGGGAAGGAACGAACCGAAAAUCAACAACGCAGACGACCAGUGCCACCAGAAGGACACUAGUGCGUGGGGGUUCGAAACCUGGAACCUCUCGGCAGACUUUAUCGCGAUCAGUUGGUCGGAUGUCGUCGUUUUCGUGGGGUUGAUGUUCGCUCUUGCCUUCAAGUCUUUGCUUCUUCUGCUUCUGCUUCCGCUGUGGCAGUUGCGACCAAUCACUUCUCGAAUCACCCUCUUCACCGGUGAAGGAAGCAUAAAAGCACUUUUCUUUUCUUUUCUCGAACAUCAUUCUUUUUCUUAUCAAGCAUUUUACUGGUUACACCUACCUGUCAUUGGUAUACCAGAUCUGGACAUGGACACAUCAAAAAACCGGUGUUGUUUUGGGUGGGUUGGAUAUCGUCUGCGUUUUUGCAUUUUCUUCACCAAAUUCAUUGUCUCUCUAGUUAUUUCUUGUCAUUGGAGUGUUCGGCGGCGCAUUUUUGGGGUAUUUUGGAAUCGGAACAAAAGUCUUCACGAGACAGGACAGGACAGGCAGGCGGAACUCAUGAAGAAACAGAAGAAAGAGAAAGAACAUCCCACUCACUCUCUCAUAGCUCUCACGGGCGGCGGCGGCGAUCACGCAAAAGAAGAGAAAUCGAGAAAAGGCAUUGUACAUCAUUUUUCGGCUAAUGUUUAAGCAUUUUUUGUGUUUGUUGAUCAUCAUCAUCAUUAUCAUCAUCAGAAACGGGUCAUUCGGGAUCAUGGGACACAACGGGACGGAACGUGUACACAUUUCUUCAUAAGCAGGCACGCAUUCAUGGUUUUUAGAUGGAGGUCAUCUCUGCUGUUUUAGUUGUUGAUUGCAUUUACGGCUAUCGUAUAUCAUGAGGAGAAUCAAACAAUAUCACCACUCAGUCACCACUGUCUUCAGAUUCU